CUCAGCUUCAAAAAAUAGUAGAUGAGAAAGAAGAAAAGGUAUCAGAGGAGUUAGGUCAAAUUGCUCAAAAAGUAGCUAAUGAGAUCACAGAAAAUAAAAUUGAUAUUUCUCCUCUUAAUCCAAUUUUUCAAGAACUAAUUAGAAUUCAAACUAAUCUUGAAUGUAUUAGCAUUCAUACUUGUGAAUCUAUUUGUGAUGAAGCUAGAGAAAAUAGGAAUCAUAUUGAAAGUUUUGACUGGUGGGCUUCUAUUUGGUCUAUAGAUGAUAUUAUUGAAGUUAAUAUUGGAAAAAAUAAUUAUAAAAAAGUUAAUCGUGAAGCUUUAAAACCAGUAAGACUAAAUUGA